CAACCUUUACGCUCGCAGAUCUGGGAGGCGAAACCGCUCUGUGGGAAAGAGGCGUCUCUCGAGAUGCAGCUGCGGCUCCUUCUGUCUGCGGUUGCAUUGCCUGCAUUCAUUGCCGCUGGGAAACCAUCCGAUGCCAAUCGCCCUGUGGUCAUUGCCGGCGGCGGGCCGGCCGCCCUCGCCUCGGCAGCCAUGCUCGCCCGGCGAGGCUUCGCCAACAUCCACUUGCUGGAGAAGAUGACGAAAGAUGAGUAUCUGCGAGCGACAGACAGAAGCUAUGCCAUGGGUGUCUCUCAUCGAGGACAGGCUGCAUUACAAGACCUCGGCUUCGACCUCGAUUGCCUGGAGAGAGAAGCUGCCGUCACUCCCAGCAACGCGACCAUCAUCCGGCCAGACGGCCUUGAGGUUGUGGUGAACAUGUCUGCCGGAGGACGAAGGAGGUCUCGCUCGCCGCCAAACCGGCUGCUGACGCGGCAGACGCUUACUCGACUCAUGUACCGAGACCUGAUGGCGCGUUUCCCUCGAAUCAAGAUGACCUUCGGUGCAAAGGUGGUGGGUUGCAAUGUGGCCAACCUUGACCACCCAUCCAAAACCGCCACAGUUCGCUACCAGCUCGACUCAGAGACGGCGCCGCGGGCGAUUGGUGAUGCGCAGCUCAUCAUCGCGGCAGACGGAGCCAACUCACGGAUCGCUGCCCAUGUCGCCGAGGUAUGUGUGGGUGCUGGGUGGGCACAUUUGCAAACACCACGGUCGGUUCUAUCAUGCUAUCAUGCGUUGCCGCGUGUGUGUGCCAACAGGUCGACCCCUCCUUCCAGCAGCACCAACUUGCUAGCGAAGGACGGUUUGCCGGGGGUCUCGACAGGCGAUACAAGGUCAUCGCAUUCCCGCCGGCAUUCGAUGUCGACGUGACAACAACAAGGAGAAGGGGCGUGCUCGGCCGACGGCGGGCAGAGGAGAAAAGCGCCACACUGCACAUAGUCCCCAGCGGGUCGGUGCUGAUCCGGCAAGACCCGACAAUGUGCAGAGGACCGACGGACCGGCUGCUGCUCUACAUCUUCCAGACGGUGGCCAAGUACUCCCGAGUGGGCAUGAUUAUCGCCCACAAGGACCAUCCCAUCCUGCACUGCACCUCAGCUGAGAAGUUCUACACGGUGCUGCAGCGGUAUUUCCCUCAGUGGCGCAACGUCCGCCAGGCCAUCAGCAGGAGUGAAGCCGAGCGCUAUGUGAAGAAGCGGGUGGGUCACUUCCAGCCGCCGCGGCACUUGAAUCGGCUGCAUGUGCGUCAGCGAGUGGCGUUUGUGGGCGACGCUGCACACUCCUUCCCGCCUGACCUGGGGCAGGGGGCCAAUGCCGCUCUCGAGGUGCGGGGCGCGGGGAGGGCAGAGAGGGGAGGACUGGGAGGCUGUCAUUCUGUUCGUGUGGUGUCUGUACUGCUGCAGGAUGUGGUCGUGUUGGAUCGCUGUCUCAGAGAGACCAACAACUGCCUUGCAGAGGCUCUGCCUCUCUUCUCGCGCCAACGAGCCCCGGACGCACACGCCAUUGCGCAUCUCGCUUGGCGGUUCAAGAUGGGCGGCAGCUCCACACCACUGCUGCAGCGAAUCCGGUGGCGCACCGACUUCGUGCUCCGGCUGGCCCUCAGCCGCCUGCUGCCCUUCCUCUUCUCGCCGCCAGUUUUCUUGAUGAUCGGCGAGAGAGGGUUGUCUUACACUGAGGUAUGGAAACGCGCCGAGAGGGCCGGCCGGAGGAUGCGGUAUGCGGCUGUGCUGGUGGCUGCGGCACUGGUGAAGGCCCUGCUGCUGUUGGUGUGAUGUGAUGCGACGUGAUGCGACGAAAGGAUUUGUGUGUGUGUGUGUGUGCCCGUGACGUAUUUUCUCGUCAAUUGUCCACGAUUUAUGUAGGCAGGUGAGGUGGUUCUGUGGCAAUCGGUCACUCACUCACUCGGCAAGCUGUGCGUGCAGACAUGACGUGGUGUGUGUGUGUGGGGUGCAGUACAGUGCAUGCGAUCCAUGCAGGCUGCACGCAACGAAGUGAAGUGGUAUGCUAUGCUGCUAUGCUUUGGUUCGUUCGGUGCGUGUGUGUACGUGUGUGUAUGCGCGAUGCGGUCGGUAUGCCGACGUGCAGGUGGCGGUGGAGACCCUCAUACCACGAAUGCAUUCCUG